AUGUGUGUAAUUAAUUUACAGGUAUACUCAAUUUCCUGUGGAGUAAAAUUUGAUAGCACUGCUGUGAAUAAUCUGCGAAAUAGAACUGUAAAAAAUUGUUUACAAAGUUGCGCAAACAGAAAGAAGGUUAUCCAAGAAAGUUUAGCUUUGGUAAGACUUGACGCAGACAUAUACCGUUACAAUAUAUACAUCACUGUAGUCUAUUAUUUACCCCUCUAUAAUAACAAGACACUUUUGUAACAUGGAUAAUUUUGAGUCUAUGUGAUCAUUUUGCGCAGUGUUCAAAUGGAGUUCUCUCUCACACUGUUUCUUAUUGUUCCUCACCUGCAACGCCCAUCUUUUUAUUACGCCCAAACAUGUAGCAAUGACACAUAUUUUGAUCAAUUUUAGGAGAUGCUAAACAUGAAAUAACGAUGAAACUUGCAACAAUAUUAUUUCUUUCGUGCACCUUGCAAGCAUAUACAAAGGUCAUAAAACGUCAAUACAUUGAUGACGCAGUGACAAUAGAUAAAUGGAGUGGACCAUUCUUUAACAACAAACAGCAGAAAGACGCUUUCGAUCAACUGCUGCAUGAUGAUUCUAGAGGCAGUAAGCGCAUGGACUUAGGAGGGAUUGAUCCAAAUGAUAUAUUAAACCCAGUUCCCGAAAGACCUCGUGUGCGAACUGUAAAAGACGAAGGACCUGUAGCAGAAACAUACAUUGGAAAAGAUCCAGACGCAGAUAAAAUUGCAGUAGCCAGUCCACAAGAUAGACUGGCACAUUUUGUUUCAAAACCAAUUAUUCAUACUGCUCCCAUAGAGCGUAAUAUGGCAAAACAUCUACAUGAUCACGACAUAGAGGAUAGCCCACUACAUUCGCGACGUUUUAUGUUCCGUCACCAAAUGGAAUCUGACGAAGAGUUGAGAGAUCGCGACAGACAUCGUUUUCAAGAAGACGAUAGAUUUGACGAAGAGAAAAGACGUCAUCAUGUUAAUGAUCAAACAGACGAUCGACAGGAACAGAAUUUUAGAGAGAAUGAAAACGAUGAAUCCCCUCCAGAAAGGUUUAUAAAUCAUCAUCAUGAAUCGUUUGAGCAAGACAGAGAUCAAGAUAAGACUAUUAGUGACGAAAGUGAUAAACGCUACGCAAAGCGGUCGGUAAUAAAAAAACACAAGAAACACAAAAAGGUCAAACAUCCGUUUGAAAAAAAAUCAGAAUUUUCAGAAGUUGGUAGUCACAUCCCGGAAGUACUAAUGCCAGGUGGACUUCUUGAUGCGGGAGUGCCAUCGACAACAGAUGAAAUGAUGCAGGAGGGUGCAAUUGACCCGUCUUUGCGGGAUAGCAACGGUUCACCUUUGUCAGAAAUUCUUACUGGUGGAGAUAGCGAUGUCGCUGUGACAGGUAACACUCCGUUGGCAUUAACAGGUGUUGGAGUAAACAGUCAUUCAGGUGUGAAAGAAAUAUCAGAACAUUUGCAACAAACACAAGACUCUGACAUGACAACGAAUGCUGACGACGAACAUCCCAUAAUUCCUAAUCCAAAUUCUAAACAAAUUUCUGAAAAAGUGAUAAAUAAUGACGCGACAUUUCAAGGUGAAACUGGUGAUACUCGUACUCCAGAUGGUCAGGGAAAAGAACCUGUUGAUCAGCACACGAUUUUUGUACAACACCAUAAAGGAAAGCCUAGUGAAGAAGAAAAUCUAAAAGAGAAAGAAGCAUCACGAAGAUCACAUGCAAAGAAACAUCAGGUUCAUAAAGUACGUGCCAAAGAGAUGAAAGGAAAAAGUCACCAUAAUAAAAGAUCGAACUUAGCUAAAAUAUUACCAGUGGCAAGAAAAAACCAAGUGGCUAAGUUAUCUAAGAACAGUAACAAAAGAUGGACACAUUCUACAUGGCCUCAACAUGGUUUUCUAGAAGAUAAUGUUGGAAACGAUUAUAACAAUCGUGUAGGAGGUGGUGGCCCUCAUUUAAUGACAGUAGGCCAUCAAGAUGAAAGCGAUGGUAUCCACAAGGAAUGGAACAAUAUGCAUUCUCCUGGAAAUGGGUACUACAGCGGAGCAGGUCUUGGUCCAUCACGUUCCUUGGAGGGUGAAUACAUUCAUCAUAGUUCUCAUUAUGCUCCUCUAUUUCCUGCUGCCCACGGAUUUCAUGGUCAUGGCCCUGCCUUUGCAGGAGGAGGUGGAGGAGGUAAUAUGAAUGGUUUUGUAGAGGGAGGGCACAUGGAGGCAUUUAGUGGUGGACAUGGAAUGGAGGGUUAUAUGGACCAUACUAUGGAAGGUGAUCAUGGCAUGGAUGGUGGAAACGCUGUUGGUCAUGGUAUAUUUGGUGGUCUUGCAGAAGGUCACAUGGGAAACGAUAAUGCAAUGCAUUCAUUAUCAAGCUCAGGAUCAUCCUCAGACCAUGAUACUGCAGGUCUGAUCGGUGCCAUCUGGGACCAUGACUAUGACGGUGAACAUGGAAGGGGGGCACAUGUUGGAUACUAUGGUCAUAACGACCUAGGAACCCUGUUGCCUUCAGAAACAUUGGAUGGAUUUGCAGGGUCCGAGCAUGGAGGAUUUUCAAUGCCCAUGCAUGGCAGGUAUCAUGGAUUUUCCCAUUGGAGUGGUGGUAUUGGUUCAGCAGUAGUACAUGAAGGUCAUUCGAAUGCUAUCCAAGAUAUUCAAGAUGACACGUCGAUCGAUUCUAGCUUGCAAACGAUGGGUAUUGGAAUGGAAAUGAAUGGGCAUCACGGUCACCAUGGACAUCACGGUAUGGGCCCGCCGUUCAUGGAGCACCACGAUGUUGGACAGUAUGCAAAUGAAUUUCAUGGUGCACCUGAUGAAGGACAUGGUCAUAUAGUUCCUGUCAAUGAUCACCAUCAUGAAAUGUCACCUGAGCAAUAUCAUGAUCAUAUUGAUGCUCUCAUGUUAAAAUAUCACAAAUUAGAAGAAGACAUGAGAGGUACACAUGGAAAUCUGAUGGAUCGACUUGAUGAAAACCUGCUACAUCACCAUGGGCAUCCACAUUAUCAUUCUGGAUACGACAUCUACUCCUACAAGAAUCCAUGGGAUAAUGCUCGUAUACCAUACCACGUUCCAGUUGAGAAUCAUCCUGAUAACACUGCAGAAGAAGAACAUGUGGGUGGAGGGUCAAUGGAAAUGGGUGGUAAAGAUGACGGUAAAGGGGAAGAAAAAGGUGGGCCGUUGGUUGAGGCUAAAGAAGAAUCAAAACCACCUCCCAAAAAAGAUGAUGACAAGAAGGAUGAAAAGGAAGAAAAAAAACCCGAAAAGAAACCCGAAAAGCCCGAGAAGCCCGAUUGGACUGGCAUUCCUCCGAAAAUACCAGCACAAAGAGGUGGUCCUGAAACAAGUGGGAGCAUUGGGUUGGCUAGUAAUGAGAGUCUAGCUGAUGCAGGACCUAGCAAGUUAGCGCCUUUGCAACAAGCCAUCAUGGCGUAUAAAGCUAUGAAUUUAAGUGUUCCCGCGUCAUUACAAAUACAAGAAUUAAAGGAGGAACUAAAAAUGGAGCGUGCAAAAGAAGCCUCACUAGUUGCAUCACGUGACAGCCACGAAACAGCCUCGGCUAAAGAUAAAGAACCACCUACGGCUAAAGAUAAAGAACCACCAAGGCAAGCUGAAACACCAAACGGUGCGGCGGAGGUUACCAAAGCAAUACAACAGAUGGGGAGCAGAGCGGCAAGUUACAAUAUCCAUGCAGCGCCACAAUUUCAGCGUCUUCAACAGUUAAAUUUCCUUCAGCAAAGCUACUUAAAGCAAAUGCUGGAUGAUGCUGUAGCAGCCACGAAAAUUAAUCAAAAGCCAGUACAAAAAGAAGAUAAUGAGCAAGCCACAGUAGAGAAUAUUUUGGGUUUGGGUCAUGCAAGUGACAAGCCGGUACAAUCAGCUCAGUUGUUGGGUCUGUUAAACAACAUGCUUAAGCAGGGUGCGUCCAAUGUGGCUUUCAACAACCUCGCAAAGGCUGUUCAGGGAACAUCUAAUUUUGUGAAGCAACCAUCGACUGAAGAACCGGCAGCAGCAACGAUAAAAGCAGAGCCUGUUAGCGCUGAUUCUAAAUCAAGUGGGGUUGAUAAAACAUCGUCUUUAACAUCUCUGGUCACUGGAGCAAGCUCCUUAACUCCGAGUGAAGUUCCAACACUCGAUGUGCCAGACAAUGAUCAAGAAAAUAUCGCAAACGAAACGGAAAGCAACGAGAAUAACGAUUUAAUAAGUUUACUCAACACAGCUGGUGUAACAAAACAUAAGAAAAAACAUCACAAGAAGAAGCACAACGUAGAUGCUGACGAUGCAUAUGCAAAAAUUGGCUACGAAGGACCCACCGGUGGAGAUAGUUAUAAAGUUGGUGUCAAAAAAGACACUUCGUCGCCUGUUACUGGCGACCAUAACAAAGCAUAUGUGACUUUAAAGGAUAUAAGUUCAGCAGAAUCCACAGUUGAUGUCAAUGCUAAUGACGAGGCUAGCAAAAAAACAAACAUUAAAACUGACCUAAAAACUCAAUAAAAAACAAGCACAAAUCAGUGAGUUAUGCUCGAACAACAACGUCACAGUUCGAAGAACCGCCAGAUCUCCAUCGUAAACUUUCUAAAGAUGCGCGCAAAAAUGACUUUAGUGAAUUUGUUAAAAAAUGUUCUGUCUGUGUGUAAGUGUGUAUAUCUGUAUGGGAUGAGUGCUGUAUUGUUUGUAUCUCACAAUAUUGUGUGUAAAAACUAUGUUUGACAUUAGAACUCCUUUUGCAUUAUUAAUUUCAUAUAGCAAAAGUAAAUUUGCCACUAGAGAUCGAUCAAAUUUACCCUGACAUUUUUAAAAUAAAAUGUUCUAAUUUUGUUAAGUACCAAUGCUAUAAAUGUAGCAGAAGAUACUGCCUAAAAUCAAUCUUGCUUUAUACAAUGCUAUUUCUUAUGCAUAAUCAGGUUUCUUCUAACCCUUGUUUGUUUUCUUCAUUUUCCCGAAAUUUGCUGACUUUCAUGUUCUAGUACUUUUAGUUUAGUCGUCAGUCUCCUUUCAUAUCCACAGUACUUUAAGUGCACUUAGGGCUGGAUUCCAAGUUGGUUAAACACACGUAUAAUAUUUCACAUAUACGUAAAGAUGAAAUUUUAAAGAUGAAUUUUAAUUAACAAAUCAUUUUUAUUUCUGACGAUUUUAUAGGCAUGACACGACGUAGCUUUAUUUGUAAGGACAUCUAGUUGCGUAGAAUUAAAACGAGAUUCUUUUAUUCUUAGCUUUUUUGUUAUUACGUCAGUAAUUGUAUUGUUAUACAAUUGUAUUGCUUUGUUUCAAAAUUUGGAAUAAAGUGUUAUUUUUGAUGCGGGAGAGGAAUAGAAUUAGGGAAAGGUUAUUGUUGUAUUUUGAGAAAAAACUCGAUAUGACUUGAACUGUUCUUUUGUCGCUCGCGUCUCAACUCGCCAUAGUAAGCCUCUU